CGCAUCCCCUCCGCCCCUCCAUCCCCUCCUCCCUCCCCCUCAAUAUGUUCUUGACACGCUCAGAAUACGACCGCGGCGUCAACACUUUCUCCCCAGAAGGUCGUCUGUUCCAAGUCGAGUACGCCAUCGAGGCCAUCAAACUCGGCUCCACGACCGUCGGCGUCAGCACGCCCUUCGGCGUCGUCCUCGGCGUCGAGAAGCGCGUGCAGUCGCCGCUCCUCGAGUCCUCCACGAUCGAGAAGAUCAUGGAGAUCGACACCCACCUCGGCUGCGCGAUGUCCGGCCUCACCGCGGACGCGCGCACGAUGGUCGACCACGCGCGCGUCACCGCGCAGAACCACGCCUUCACGUACGACGAGCGCAUCAAGGUCGAGAGCGCCACUCAGGCGGUGUGCGACCUCGCGCUGCGCUUCGGCGAGAGCGUGCACGACGAGGACGCGAUGAUGAGUCGCCCGUUCGGCGUCGCGCUGCUCAUCGCGGGCGUCGACGAGCUCGGGCCGCAGCUGUUCCACACGGAUCCGUCGGGGACGUUCGUCCAGUACUCCGCCAAGGCGAUCGGAUCCGGCUCAGAGGCCGCACAGAGCGAGCUCCAGGAUAAAUGGCACAAGAACAUGACCCUCGAGGAAGCGCGCGUCCUGACGCUCCGCGUCCUAAAACAGGUGAUGGAAGAGAAGCUGGAUCACCACAACGUGCAGCUGGCCCAGGUCACGCAAGAGGGCUUCGAGAUACUGGACGAGGCCAAGCUGAAGGUGGUCAUCGACGCGAUGUGA